AUCUACACUACACAUAAAAAAUCUAUUUAGAUAUCCGGUUGACAUUUGUGUAAAAUUCAUCACAGGAGUAACCCCUGAUAACAAAAUGACAUCACAGUGCCAUUCUAAGACGAUAUCAAAGGUAUCACAACAUGUCUGAAAAGAUUCUUUGCGGUCCCUGUGGUUAUGCGGAAAAUAAUAAAAACGCAGAAAAAUGGUGUACAGUUUGUGAAGAGGGAUUAUGCGCAGAUUGUGAGAAGGUUCAUAAAUCUAUCAAAACAUCACGAAAUCACAGGCUAAUGCCCAUCAGAGACUUCAGGCAGAUAAAAAAUAUUUCCAUCAGCAUUAACUGUAAAGACCAUGACAAGCGACUCGAACUGUACUGUAAAACACAUGAUGUUGCAGUUUGUUUAGGUUGUGUUCCAUCUCGUCAUAGGACAUGCUCUGACGUCAUUCCUUUAGAUAAAGCUGCUGAAAAUGCAAAACGUUCAACUGCACUGGCUGAUUUAGAGAACACUUUAACCAGAACAUUACAAAAUAUUGAACAAAUCAUUACCGAUCGUGAGUCAGCUUUGGAAAAUUUUGAAAGUCAGAAGCAAACCAUCAAAAAUACACUCAAUGAUACACGAGCCCGAAUACUGAAGAAGUUAGACGACUUAGAAAGAAAACUACUUCAUGAAUUGAACACAAAACAUGAACAUUGUAAAUCCGAAGCAUGCAAACUCCUAAACCGAAUGAAAAAUUCAAAACGAGAUUUGAGUUGUCUGAGGGAACAAACAUCGCAAUUGAAAUCAUUCGCAUCCGACGUUCAGCUUUUCCUAGGAACGCACCAGAUCAAUGAAGCUGUCUUCAAAGAGAAAGAAUCAAUCAAAGAAGGAAUCAAGUCUGUAAAGAACUAUGAAGUUUACCUACAGUUACAUCCUUCUUUCAUAUCGUUAACGAACGAAGUAGAUCAGCUCGGGAAAAUAUCCGUUAGGAAGACUACCACUAGUUUACCGUUCAAAGAGGCAAAGGAGGACCAAGCCCAGAUUCAGCUUCGAGUACCCGACACGAAAAGAAUUAAAAACGUCCGUCUCCAGUUGAAAAAGAGAUUUAAUUUGAAACAAGACUGUAACGGGCUGCAGCUGACUGGAUGUACCAUGUUACCAAAUGGUAAUUUGUUAAUGGCUAUUUAUUUCGGAAAGAAAUUGCUGGUGGAGUAUAGUGAAGACGGUAAACAUAUCCGUGACAUACCAUGCUCUAGAUCACCUUUUGAUUUAACAGUCAUAGACAAUGACCGUAUUGCUCUUACAUAUGGAAAUCAUUACGUAGAGAUUUUUAAUAAAAAGAACACUUCCUUCGAGAAGGAAUUUAGAUUAGAAAGCAAUUGCUAUGGAAUAUCAUACCAGGACAACAAACUUUUUAUUAUAACUACACAUGGCAUUGUAAUAACAAAUAUUGCAGGUCAAGUACUUAAAACAUUAUAUGUUGAUUGUGGGGUAUACUUAAGUACCACAACAGAUAGAAUCUACUUUAAUGUCAAAAGAGAUCAAACCGUACAUUGUAUCUCCAUGACAGGCGAUGAAAUAUGGGUACAUAAGGAGAAAUCAUUAGUCGAUCCAAGGGGUAUCACUGUGGAUGAUCAUCAAAAUGUAUUUGUUGUUGAUAUAAGAACGAGCUCUUUAAUAGUUAUACAACAUGAAGGAAGAUCAAGUAGAACAUUACUAUCCAAAACUGAUGGUUUAGUCAAUCCACUUUCAUUGCACUACAACAACGAGAAAAAAGAGUUACUUUUGUGUGAUGAUAAUGGGUGCGCCUUGUACAAUCUUGAGUAGUUUUCAUGAUUCAUUCCUGUCGUUUCAUUGAAUAUAGAAUUAAAUUAGAAAAUUAUGCAUCUAAAUCAGUGAUUGGUUACAAUUAGUGUACAUUUGUUAUAAUAAAUGACUAUACUGAAGGACGUCCAUUAUUUUUUUUUCAUUUCUUUUCUUAUUCAAUAGUAAAUAAAAAAUACUUUGGAAAAUUU